AUAGUCCGUCGCCUCCGGGGUUGAAGCGUCUUGCUCUGCCGGGUUUGCUCACUCUGGAGGUAAAGCUGUCAGGUAGUGUGUGAUAGUCACCAAGUGGAAACCUCCCACGUUAGCAGAGAUCUGCGUACGCACGGGUUCAAAGGACACACGCCCUGCCCUUGAGUCUGCCCGUGAGAGCGCCGCGCCGCUCUUUAUCAGGUGAGGGUUCUGCUGGGAGUCGGCCACUGCAGCCUCGGUCCACCUGGGAAACACUUUCUUCUGCUGGAGCUCUUCCCCCAACCACAGCCACGAUGCCCAAAACAGUCAACGUUCGCGUCACCUCGAUGGACGCGGAGCUGGAGUUCUCCUUCCACCCCAACACCACAGGGAAGCAGCUCUUUGACCAGGUUUCCAGAACCAUCGGACUCCGAGAGGUUUGGUACUUCGGGCUUCAGUUCACCGACAUCAGAGGUCUCACCACAUGGCUGAACUUUGAGAAGAAGGUGAUGGGCCAGGAUGUGAAGAAGGAGACGCCCCUGCAGUUCAAACUGAGGGCCAAGUUCUACCCAGAGGACGUGACCGAGGAGCUGAUCCAGGACGUCACCAGGAGGCUCUUCUUCCUGCAGGUGAAGGAGGACCUUCUGUCGGAGGAGAUCUACUGCCCUCCGGAGUCCGCCGUGCUGCUCGCCUCUUACGCCGUCCAGGCCAAGUACGGAGAGUACCAAAAGGCAGUGCACCCCCCGACUUACCUGGCCUCGGAGCGCCUGCUGUCCAAUAAAAUGCUGAAGCAACACAAGCUGUCCAAGGAGCAGUGGCAGGACAGAAUCCAGAACUGGCACCAGGAGCACGGCUCCAUGCUGAAGGAAGAGGCCAUGAUCGAGUAUCUGAAGAUCACUCAGGACCUGGAGAUGUACGGCGUCAACUACUUUGACAUCAAGAACAAGAAAACCACCGAGCUGUGGUUGGGAGUCGACGCUCUAGGACUCAACAUCUACGAAAAGGCGGACAGGCUGACUCCAAAGAUCGGAUUCCCCUGGAGUGAAAUUAGAAACAUUUCUUUCAAUGAUAAGAAAUUUGUCAUCAAGCCCAUUGACAAAAAAGCCCCUGAUUUUAUAUUCUACGCUCCGCGGCUGCAAGUCAACAAACGCAUCCUCCAGCUGUGCAUGGGCAACCACGAGCUGUACAUGCGCCGCCGCAAGGCCGACAGCAUCGAGGUCCAGCAGAUGAAGGCUCAGGCCAAAGAGGAGCGGAUGCACAAGAAGAUGGAGAGGGAUCAGCUGGAGAGCGAGAAGAAGAAGAGGGAGGCCAUCGAGAAAGAGAAGAGGGAGAUGGAGAGAGAGAAGGAGGAUCUGAUGAAGAAGCUCUACGAGUUUGAGGAGACGACCAAGAGAGCAGAGAUCGAGCUUCAGGAGCAGCUGGACCGGGGCGUGAGGCUGGAGGAGGAGAGGAGGAAGGUGGAGCAGGAGGCGGCGCGGCUGGAGACCGAGAGGAUGGAGGCCAUAAUAGCCAAGGAGGAGCUGGUCAGGCAAGCCGAGGACCAGAUAAAGAGCCAGGAGCAGCUGUCUGCAGAGCUGGCUGAGUACGGAGCCAAGAUCUUUCUGCUGGAGGAGGCCAAGAGAGUCAAGGAGGAAGAGGCUGACUCAUGGCACAACAAGGUCAUGGAGGUGGAGGAGAAUCUGCUGAAGACAAGAGAAGAGCUGACCCUGGCAAUGAGUGCAGCUCCUGUACCCGCUCCUCCUGGCACCCCUCCUCGUGCAGCCGCUUCUCCUGUUCCCACUCCUCCUGCUUCCUCCUCCUCCUCCUCCUCCUCGGACAGCGAGAGCGAACACGAGAACAGCGAGGACAACAGCACCUACAGCGCCGAGCUGCCGACGCAGGGCAUGGAGGACCACCCUGAGGAGGAGGAGCGGCUCACCGAGGCCGAGAAGAACGAACGCCUGAAGAAAAAACUCUUGGCCCUGAGCUCGGAGCUGGCGGAUGCCCGGGAGGAUAACACGAAGACCCCGAACGACCUGCUCCACGCCGAGAACGUCCGGGCCGGCCGGGACAAGUACAAGACCCUGCGUCAGAUCCGCAUGGGCAACACCAAGCAGAGGAUUGAUGAGUUCGAGUGCUUGUAGGAAAACCUCAGAGACCCGAAGAUCUCUCUCAAAUACCUCAAACACCUCCCUGCCAUUCCACCAUCUUAUAAUCCAAAGUGCGAAGUAAUCAUCUGCUCUUAAAGACCCAGAGAAAGCAUGAAGAUGAUAUUUGUCAUAAACCUCCUGGAGCUUUAUCAGUUUAACGUUUGCUUGAAAGCACUUUCUUCUUUCUUUGUCGCCCUCAAACAUCUCCAGUGUGCAGUUCAGUCCGUAUUGCUCGACGACUUUGUGUUCAUCUUUAAAAAAAAUAACAUAAAGCUAGCGUUAUUGCAAUUUGGCUCUGCAGUUUUGUUAUCAAUUAAAUGUAAUUAUGUGUUGUUAAUGUCUUGUAUUGCAACCACUGCCUUAAAUGAUCACUUCAUUAUCAACUGAUUUUUAUUAAUCGAUUCAUCUAUAACAGGGGUAUCCAAACUUUUUAUCCCGAGGGCCACAUACAGAAAAAAAUACGAAGGUCUGGGCCACUCACGCCGCCACGCCCCCCUGCUCUGGAGCGGACUGUUGACCAUCGCGUCGCUCAGGGCGGGGGGGGCGUAACGGUGUUAACUGAGAAGUACAAUACAGUGGGCCAUAGUCCAUUACAUUACAUUUAGCUGACGCUUUUAUCCAAAGCUACUUAUAAUAAGUGCAUUCAAGGGUACCCGAGGGUACAAACCCAGAACAACAAGAAUCAAGAAAGUACAAUUUCUUCAAAAAUAGAGCAGAACUACAAUAAGUGUGCUAUAAGGAAGUACCAUUUAAGUGCUACUAAAUUGUUAGUUUAAAAAAAAAAAAAAAAAAAAUUAAGGCGGGCCAAUUUAAAAUGGAUGGCGGGCCGCAGAUGGCCCGCGGGCCGUAGUUUGGACACCCCUGAUCUAUAAAAUGCCAGAAAACUUCGGGGUCAUGUUUUAAAACUGAAAGAGAAUUUUAAAGCUGAAACCAGAGGAAGUUUAGCAUUUUAAUAAAUUACUUAUUAAUCCAUUAUCUAAGUUGUUGAUGAGUCAUUUUCUGUUAAUCCACUAACAGGUUCAUUUAUUAUGUUUUGGAAACCAGUUUUAUUUAAUUUGCCUUCUACUUUCCAUCCUGUUUAAACAUUUCUAUUAAAGCCUUUAGUGUUAAAAAGCCUGUUAGUAUUUAAAACUAAGAAAAGCCCAAAUUGAAGCUGUAGCCUGAGAAAUCCUGAUUUCUAGUCUUUAGCAUGAAUAAAGUUCAUGCUCAUAAAAACUAGUUUUCUUAAAACCGAUUUACGUGCAGACUUUCAGGUUUAGAAAUGUUUACUGACUCCUCCACCUACAACUGUACCGUAAACACAAUGUUGUGUUGUUCUCCUUUAAACAGACACGAGUGUGAACCUUCACUGAGGGACAGUGGUAACUGAGAUCAUCCUCUUCCACCUUAAAUAAUAAAAAAUUAAAAACCA